AAAAAAAAAGGAAGAAAGGAAAUAAAACACUUGGAGCUCGAGGACGUUUGCAUUCCGGGCGCGUGCCCAUUGUAGUAGCUGUCAGGGGCGCGCGCGCGGGAAGAGGAGGAUGGACGCGUGAGGAGCCAGCUGUGGCCUGCUUUUCACAGCAACAUCUGGCCGCUUCCAAGAGGGGACCUGAGGUGGAGAUGGAGGAGGGCAGCAGUGAAGGGGACGGGGCAGUGGUGGUCAGAGAGGGGCAGGGCGGUCCUGACCUCCCCCAAGACUCCAGCUCCACCACCACCACCAACCUGCUGGCUUCUGUCAAGGAGCAGGAGCUCCAGUUUGAGCGCUUGACUCGAGAGCUGGAAGAGGAGCGACAGAUGGUGGCAAGUCAGCUGGAGAAGUGCAUGCUGGAAGCCGAGUCACCGGCGGGGGACAGUAGCAGCUCAUCAGAGAAGUCGUUUGCAUGGAGAACUGCAGGAGAACUCCAGGGUGGAGCCAUGGAGAUCCCCGGAUGUCCGGUCCGACACCUGGAGACAGAGGAAGGGAUGUACCUCCCUGAACCGGACCGCGGCUCCCUACAUGACAGUGAGGGCUCCGGAGGUCACUCGGCCCACAUGACCUCGUACUCGGAUAGCGGCUACCAGGACAGCAGCAUCAGCUAUUUUAGCAACCAGAAUGUGGUGCGUUCGGAACCUCGGGCCUCGGUGUCGAGAAGCCCCAGAGCAGAGGGUCAAGCUUCUGGACAGGCAUCCAGCCGGGUGUUGCGGAGGAUGGCCUCUCUCCCUUCCAGGAGCCAGUCUCCCGGCUGCGGCACAGUUUCCCCCUCUCGCAUCUCCAUGCGAACAUCCCAAGGGAGUACAUACGACUCUCCCAUCCUCUCUGAGCCCAAAUCGCUGGCUGCCAUCUUCCCCGGCACCACCAUGCCACCAUCAUGCCUGUCGCCGACCUCGCCAAGCGACGCCAUCCAGGUCUUGGGGAGCGGGGUGGGUGGCGGACGACUGGGCUCCACGCUGUCCUUGAUCGAGGGAAGGGUUUCCGCAGGGUCGCCACUGCGUUCAGGAAUGACCGCUGUUCCCCAACACUACGGCUCCACUUUACCAAGACAGAGUCAGUCGCUGGCUUAUGGCACCGAUCCAUACGGCUUGUACCAGAGAAGUGCACUGCCACGCCCCGACAGCCUCAUAGGACUUCACAGCUCCUACGGCGGACACGAGGAGCAGAUUGACCCGGAGCUGAGGGCCGCCCUCUCCCCAGACUGCCAUGUGACUCCCAUUUUUGAUGAACGCUCCUUCCAAAGCCCCCUCUACCACAGCCCCACCCGUGACCCCUACAGGACAAACGCAGGUAUGGGGACGCUCCCUCGGACCACAAGCCAUUGCGGCACACUGCCGUACCAAAGAAGCUACGGGCUGAACUCUGCAGCCGUGUACGUCGACCCAGUCAGGGUGUGCGGCGAGCCGGUUUACAGCCGCCGACACUCUGCUCUGGUGGACAGAGCUAUCACCCGGACCCCAUCAAUCGAGAGCAUUCACAAGGACCCGAGGGAGUUUGCGUGGCGUGACCCCGAUCUUCCUGAAGUCAUUCACAUGCUGCAGCAUCACUUCCCCUCCGUCCAAGCCAACGCCGCUGCCUACCUGCAGCACCUGUGCUACGGGGACAACAGAGUCAAGGUGGAGGUGUGUCACCUGGGAGGGAUCCAACACCUGGUGGACCUGCUGGAUCACAAGAUGCCCGAGGUUCAGAAGAGCGCCUGCGGCGCCCUGAGGAACCUGGUGUACGGCAAAGCCACCGACAACAACAAGGUGGCGCUGAGGAACUGCGGCGGCGUGCCCGCUCUGCUGCGCCUCCUCAGGAAAACAACGGAUAAUGAAGUUCGUGAGCUCGUCACCGGGGUCCUCUGGAACCUCUCGUCCUGCGACGCCGUGAAGAUGACCAUCAUCCGCGACGCCCUGACGACCCUGACCAACACGGUCGUCAUCCCGCACUCAGGCUGGAGCAGCACCUCCCACCGCGACGAGCACAAGGUCAAGUUCCAGUCCUCCCUCCUGCUGCGCAACACCACCGGCUGUCUGAGGAACCUGAGCUCGGCGGGGGAGGAGGCGAGGAGCCAGCUGCGCUGCUGCGAGGGUCUGGUGGACUCGCUGCUGCACAUCCUCAAAGCCUGCGUCAACACCUCCGACUACGACAGCAAGAUCGUGGAGAACAGCGUCUGCACCCUGAGGAACCUCUCGUAUCGGCUGGAGGUAGAGAUGCCGUCCUCUCGUCUCCUUGGCAACCAGGAGCUGGACACCCUGCUGGGCUUCUCCUCCCCGGGAAAGGAGCUGGACUACCUCUGCUGGGGGAAGAGGAGGCGAGACAGGAAGAGAGGCGGCUGGCCUGAUGGAAAGUGGGACAGCACGGGUCAGGUCCCAGGUUUCUCCCAGCCUCUAAGAGGAGCCGAGCUGCUGUGGCACCCGAUGGUGGUGAAACCCUACCUCAACCUGCUGGCUGAAAGUUCCAACCCGGCGACACUGGAGGGCGCUGCUGGCUCCCUGCAGAACCUCUCUGCUGGAAACUGGAAGUUCUCCGCCUACAUCCGAGCGGCGGUCCGUAAAGAAAAAGGUUUACCCAUUCUGGUGGAGCUGCUGAGGAUGGACAACGACCGGGUCGUCUGCUCCGUCGCCACUGCCCUCCGAAACAUGGCUCUGGACAGCCGCAACAAGGAGCUGAUAGGGAAGUACGCCAUGCGGGAUCUGGUGAACCGGCUCCCCGGCAGCAGUCCCUCUGCGCUUUCAGACGACACCGUGGCGUCGGUCUGCUGCACGCUGCACGAGGUCACCAGUCGCAACAUGGAGAACGCCAAAGCUCUGGCUGACAGCGGAGGCAUCGAGAAGCUGGUGGACAUAAGCAAAGGGCGAGGGAAAGGGUACUCCAUGAAAGUGGUGAAGGCGGCAGCUCAGGUGUUGAACACACUGUGGCAGUACAGAGAGCUGAGGGGCCUCUACAAACAAGACGGGUGGAACUACACCCACUUCGUCACCCCCGUCUCCACGCUGGAACGAGACCGUUACCGCUCCCAGCCGACCCUCCCCACCAGUCCGCUGCAGAUGUCCCCGGUCAUCCAGUCAGGCGGCAGCGCGACGUCUUCACCUGCAAUGCUCGGGAUAAGGAGACACAGCUCCAACUACCAGAGGGCGCAGUCAUCUAUGCAACUUGAUACAUAUUAUGUAGACAGUUUACACAAACGGCAGUACACAGGGUCUGAGAAGAAAACACCAUAUUUCAUUGGAACUUACUCCUCUCAAUCAGGAGAGGACCUGAGAAGAUUGCAGCAUCCAGAGCCAUUCUACGACGAACCCGACAGGAAGAACUACAACAGCUACAGAAUGUACCCGUCGUCCCCUCAAGGCUACAGCGAGGAGCACUACGAGGAAGAGCCGGUCCACCUGACCCCGUCCUCGCCCGAUGGCUACGCCACUCAGUCGCUGCGAUUCCGAGCCAACACCAACUAUGUGGACUUCUAUUCCACCACGCGGAGGCCUUCCAACAGGGCGAACAAAUUUACUGGCUCUCCUGACUCCUGGGUGUGAGAGAGGAUGAGGGUUUUAGACCUUCCAGUCUGGGGGAAGAUUAUGGACUUGUAUGAAAUAGGAUGGAAUGAUUGCCCUGUGCAGCUUUUGACUAAGUUAUAGAGUGGAGACAUAGUAAUGUGGGUGAUUCUUACAUCAUUAGGUCCAAAUUCCUCCCAGAACAACAGACAUUUGCCACACAAGGAUAUGGAACACUGGCUGUUUAAAGGCCGUGUCUACGUACAAUUUGCGCAUAUUGCACAGAUGAAAAGAACAUGAAUAUAUGUGGAAAAAGGGAGAAAAGUUGUGCAUGAAAUUUUGACAGAUGUAUCAUGAACAAACCACGUUAAAACCACGGAAGAAGUACCAAUAGACCGUGUAAAGAACUCUAGUCUGCAACAGUUCUAAGUCAGUCCGCCAGGGGGGACCCGCUACCUGACUCUGCCACACGACCCACUGUGGAGGGUGAGCGAGUGACUCCCCCAUUUGGUCUAGACCAGGGGUUCCCAAACCCGGCCUUCUGCUGGUUUUCCAAAAGGCCUGCUGCUAUUUCUGUCUCUUAUCGCGCCGGCUGCAGACAAAGAAACAACAUCAGCAGUAAAGAACAGUCUUUCAUAAGUAGAUAAGGUGAAUCAGUGGUAUCAGAUCAAAAUUAGCAAAUGUGUAAUAAUCUAUGUACAAAACUGCCUUAUCUGCUGCUGAUUACUUGGAUCAGGUGUGUUUGGUCAAUAAGGAGCUUCAAUGGGAGGUUGGUUAGAAAACAUGUAGGAUGCCAGCUCUCAAGGCCUGGAUUUGGGCACCCCUGGUCUAGACUAUUGAAGGGUUGAAAGAUCGAGAGGGAAAGAUGGCGCCCACACAUUGGAUUUGUAUAUCCAUACUAGAAGAGUCUAGUAUGAGUCGUUUGAGGACUUCCAGCUAAUGGUCCUCUGGUGCCAUCUAGGUGCCAUGUUGUUUUCUGCGGUUAGGUCCACUUAGAAAGAUUGGCCAAUUCAUAAAUCCUUCACACCAUACACAGAUGAAAGAAUCGUGAGUGACUUUGGUGCAGUCGUAGGGCGAUUGACUCCUGAACUGAAGAUUGCAGGUUCGACUCCCGCCUUGCCCAUCCAUGUGUCAAAGUGUCCUUGGGCAAGACACUGAACCCCAAAUUUCCUCUAGUGGAAGGUUGGUGCCAGUGUUGGGCAGUGGAGUCGCCACCAGUGGGUGAAUGGGUCUAUGACCGUAAAGCAUUUUGGGCCUUCAAGGAAGGUAGAAAAGUAUUAUACAAGUAUACUCCAUUUAUUGCACUGUUAAUAUGCAGUUCAUGCAUCAAUUAUUUAAUUAUACCGCGAUAUGUGGACCAUAUACACGUUGUUGAAGUUAUACAUCAGUGACAUACAUACAUGGAAAGAUAGUGGAAAGCCAUAAAUUUGAGUAUGCAUAUUGCAAAAGUCACACACAAUUGAUUAAGAUUUCCGUAAUGAUCCCAUAUAAACUAAGUAAUUACGCUUCAUUUUUAACCAAAUUUUUUUCAACAGUUGAAAACUGAAUUUACACAAAGACCCAUCGGUGGAGAAUCUCGAAGGUCGUCUGCACACAAUGACGAACACAAGAAACACAAAUGAAUUACAUCUAUCACAUGUAUCCUGAGAGACCGAAAUGACAUACCUGGACAAUGCGCACAUCGUACGUAGCGGCAGCGUGACACGGCCUUUAGAGAACUGGACUGAGUGGCCCCUCCCCCCUUGCAUUCCAAAUAGGAAGUGGUUCAAGAAGCCAAAAUCCUAUUGACGUCUAUAGAGAAAUAAGCAGUUAUUACUCAGUCAUUCUGUUAACCAUUCUAGCUCUGACACCUUCUUGCUAACAUGUUCUUGGCCAGGGGCGGAGCUAGAACAUUUUAUAUGGGCGAAAGACUUUGAAAUAAUUUAUCAUUAUUGUUGAUCAAUCCUAAAACAGCAGUUAUUUUAACUGAGGUACUAUUAUUAAUGCUUCAUAACGUGAAUCGAUCUUUUUUUUUAUGUUAAUAACAAAAAAAUUAUUGACUCAAAAGUUGGAGGGGGGCAGCUGCCCCUCCCCCCAAUAGCUCCGCCUCUGGUUUUUGCUAAUCCUAUUUUUUAAAUGUAUUUUUGGUGUUGCGCACGUUAUUCAAGUUAUAAACUGGCCAAUCAGAGGCCUCAAUUCUGACAGAUUCUUCCAAGACUGCUUUCAUUUAAAGGGGUGUGGCCUUCGAACAAGCUCACUCCGGAUUGGACAGAGUAGUAGCCAUAGAAAUGUAAACUCAAACCGAGAUUAACCAAUCAAUGCUUACCGACGACAUCUGGUUCCAAUUGGAGGACUAAAUCGACUUCAUUUGGUUGGAACCAAAAGUUAGUCGGUUUCUAUGGGUGACGUCACACUUGCUCAGUCCAGUUCUCAUAUACAGUCAAUGGCUAUGACAUAAAAUCCUAAAAUGAAAUAUACGUUUUAAAGCAAAUUACAGAGGUGUGGGAAGUAAUUUUCUUACUUCACCCCUUGGGACAAAAACCAUGAAGAACUUAGUCAAAAGUUGCUUUUUGGAAGAUUAAAAAAAAAAAAAAAAGAAUUGUUAAUGUUAUAAAUGGAUAACUUAUUCAAAUGUUUGAGCCUCAGAAAGUAUUUAAAAAAAUAAAUAAAUGAAGUUGCUUUAAAAAAAAGAAAUAAAUAUAGGACACGUUGACCAGGUAUAGAGGGGGGCAUCCUCAGUCUGGAGAACCUUUAAAGACUUCCAACUGUAGCUCCUCGCUCUCUGUUACCAAAAGUGCAGUAUAUCAUGAAGUAUGUGAAAUAUGUGAACAAAAGCAAGUGAGACUAUUUUAAACAACGGUUUAACUGUCCUGUUCUGUUGUUGUAUGCGAUACGUAGAACUUUAUAUGUGAUUGUGUAAAGAUUUUCUAUCAUUUCUUGAUUUUAUUUUUUAUGAUUUUACUUGUGACCUGACCAAAAUACGCCAUCUGUCUGUUCUGUCCAAAACUGUUGACAACGUGCAAUGUUACAGAAAGAAAAUACACAUAAAGAGAUUAAAGAUCAUCACGAUGAGACCA